AUGGAGGUUGCCGUGACCCUGCAUGCGGGUGCACACAUGAAUGCCUUGUACAUGCGUAUGUUGGCAGGUGUGGGCACACUCACAGCCAGGAGGCACACGUGUGUGCAGGCGGGCGGGCAGCCGGCGGAGCCCAGCCGGGGCCGGGCGGCUGCCGAUGCUGUCAACAGGCAGAUCAAAGAGGAGGUGGCGGCGGGGGUCAGCUCGUCCUACAGAAAUGAGUUCAGACCCUGGAUAGAUGUCAAGCCUGUGAAAGCGAUAAAAGCAAAGCCCCAGUACAAGCCACCAGAGGAGAAAAUGACCCAUGAAACCAGUUACAGUGCUCAGUUCAAGGGGGAAACCAGUAAGCCUUCUCCAGCUGAUAACAAAUACCUGGAACGCAGAAGAAUACGCACUCUCUACAGUGAACCCUACAAAGAACCUCCAAAGGUGGAAAAGCCUAGCAUAAAGCCUUCCAAACCAAAAAAGACCACAACAAGCCAUAAACCCCUGAAAAAGGCCAAAGACAAGCAGAUUGCAUCUGGCCGGGCUGCCAAGAAAAAGAGCGCCGAGACCUCCAACACCGCAAAGCCAGAGGAUAAGGAGAAAAGUAAAGAGAUGAACAAUAAACUGGCUGAGGCAAAAGAGUAAAUGUCACUGCACUUUUCUUUCUUUCUCAUUUUUUUCCUUUCUUUUUUUUUUUUUCUGUUUGAUUAAAUAAAGGCCACAAAAUUAAUUAGAGGCUUCUAAUCUGCUUUUUGUUCUGAUUGUAUUAGAAGCUUUUCUGUUUUAUUUCCAAGGAGGAUUAGGAAAUCCUUGUUUCUGAGGUCAGGUUGUUCUGCUUUGCCUGCACAACACGGCUCUGCACAGAGUGAGGGAUGUGAGAAUGCAUAAGCAGGGUCCUAAGAGAUGAAGGUGAUGGAUCAACAGUGAUUGCAUUCAACAGCUUGUCCCUUUCUUCGGGCUUGGUUCUUCAGUGCUUUGACAGCAUGCAAGUGCCCAUUGAGCCAUGGUGGGGCUGUGCUCUCAUCCAAUGAGGCCCUUUUGGGUUGGCCAUUGUUGUGCCAUCUCCCACUGGUGUCAACAGGUAAAGAGUUUGGAGGCAGAGAGGAUCAGGUUCAUUCAUGAUGCCAUGGAUAUGCUGUAAAUCCACCAAAAUCAAUGGUGUGGCCAAGAAGGAUUUCCCCUGGUGACAGUGAUGGGAAUUCUGCUCCAAGAAGCAACGGGGAAGGAGAUCCCAUGUAAGUAAAGGGCCAAAUCCUCUCCAAGGGUAGCUGGAAAUAUGUGUAGCUGCAUCAAGGCAGCUUCACUCAUUAACACCACUUGAAGUCCUUGAUGUAAAAAAAAAAAAGGUGAGGGAAGGUGCAGCGAGCAGUGAAAACAUUCCAAGCAUAUGGCAGGUUAGACUAGGUUGUCAGCAGGUUGUUCUUCCCUGUUGUUUUCCCUAAGUUAUGGAUCUUGUUAAUUAUUCCUGUUUUGUUUUGAAUCUUGGUCUAUUCACUUCUGGGAUGCCAAUAGGCAGAGCUAGGUUUCAGAAAGUGAUUUAGUUUGCAGGCCUGACCUUCCAAGGGGUAGAAAGAAAUGUGUCACCAAGGUUGGCUAGAGCUGUCAGCCCCCAUUGUGUUUAUUCUUCCAGCUGUUCAUGUUGGCUCAUGAGCAUCUCAAGAGGGCCAAAAAAAAUUACUGGGAUCCCUAGACUCCCUCCAGACAAGAUCUCAGGGUUUCAAUCAUAUUUACUGUGCUCUUACUCUAGGAAAUCCCCACAACCAGUUUGGAAGCCGUAAAUACAGCAGGACCAUUUGUCAGUGAGUAUGAACCGGCCCAACAGAUUGGCAUUGCAUGCCAUAGAAUUUGUGUCACUGGAUCAGUGGGAGAGCUGUGGUCCCAGUCCAAAUUUAUGUGCCUGAUUUCUGGAUUGGGUCCUAAAUGCAUAAGGAUUAAUCUUUAUCCCACCAAACUGAGCUGUUAAACUCUCCCAUGGCAGAGUGGCUGCAAGGUAAGAUGCAGGGUUCUUGUUACUUAUUUUUGCAGCUCCAAAUUUUCUCUCUUAAUAUGAAGUCCAGCUUGAAACUUGCAGUGGACAAUUAGAAAGCAUGAAGACAGAGAUGGGAUAGAGUAGAGAGGUGGUGUGUUGCUGUAGAGGUGGUGAAAUAAGGAAAGUCUUGCUGCUAGGGGUAAGACCCUAGCAGGAUGCUAGGGGUAUUUUAGAGAUGUGAAACUACCUAGCAGAAAAAUGGGUGAGUUGGGAAGGUGAGGAGUCCUAUUUUGGGGGUUACAUCCCAUUAGAAUUGGUCUUUUGGAAACAUAAAUGAGUGGUGGGCUACAAGGUUGAGUGAAAGUUUCCAAUGAGGAGGAAAGCUCUGUGAUAUACAGGUAGUGACAUUUGCUGGCUUUAGUAAUGAGUAAAUGCCAAGUUCAGUGUAUCAUGUGAUGUGUCCUGUUUGCCUUGCACUAAUAGCCUAAACCUUUGAGUAUCAGUAAGUGUAGUGUUUGAAUUAAGUGAUGUAAUUCCAAGCUUAGCUUUGUUAGAACUGUGUGCUAUGAGCUAGUCAGGUUGUGCAUGUGGAAAAUAUAUAUUCAUAUAUAUAAAUACAUAUAUAUAUUUAAACCUCCACUGUUUAGGAGGAAACCAGGGAAAAUCCUCCAGGAAGUAAAACUGUUGAAACAUUUGUGAAUGUAGGUUUUUUUGAUUGGUUGGUUGGUUGGUUGUUUGGUUGGUUGGUUGGGUUUUUUGUUGUUGUUGUUCGGUUUUUGUUCGUUUGUUUGUUUUUUGUUUGGUUGGGAUUUUUUUUAUGUGCAUGCCACAUGGAGAUGCUGACCUGUCCAUACUGAUCAUUGCUUUUCUGAGUGCUCAGAAGCCCCUGCAGCACUGCUCAGCUCUGUCUCCAGAUCAGCUCGGCAAAAGGCUUGUGUUGAGCUGGUGGAGUGUUGUGCUGCUUGCAGUUCUUCCUACCUGUCACAUGAGGGACAACUGGCCAGAGAAGAUGAGCUCCCAAGACUUGGUGUGAUUCCUUGGCUUUUAAGAUGCUUCAUGCAUCUUCAAACUCCUCAGUAAUGUCCUUUCCUACAGGAUGUAGCAUAAGCUGUGAAGAUGACAUGUCACAGCAGGCAGAACACAUCAGGAAGGCACUAGACAGUUCUAAUAGCUCAACACACCAAUCUUACAUGAGGACAGACCAUACAAAACAAUUCUUCCUGUUAUUUUUCAGCCCUAAGUUUCACAUUUAAAGAUACACCACUCUUGCCACUGUUUCACCUGGAAUUCAAUGAGAAUUUAGCCCUUGAUUUCAAGGUGAACUAAAUUUUGCCCAAGAAACAUCACUAAGAUGCUCAAAUCACCUAAUCCAAGCAUCUGCAUGAUUCUGGAGGAACCGCUGAUCAUCCAGCUUGGGAUGGUUUCUUCUUAAUGAAGAGCAUCCAUCAUAGUAUUUGAAACAUACACAGUGACUGGUCAGAAUAUAGCUUUAUUUUUCUUAAAUAAAUAUGCAUAUAAAUAUUUCCCGUUUAGUUUCCAUAAUACAUAGAAGGGUUUUUUUUUCCAUAAUACAUGAAAUUUUUCCAUAAUACAUGAAGCCCCAUGGCAAGGGGCUUGUAACGAGAAGAUCUUUACGGUGCUUUCCAACCGAAGCCAUUCCAUGAGCGCACUACAAAGCUAGGUGUGAAGUGUUAACCAGUGGUUUUAAUUUCCUCUCUAGUGAAGGAACUUUCCAAGAGUCAUUGAGCUGCCUAUUUUUGACACCUGUCUUUGGGUGGGAUGAAUGGUCCUUGAAAGGUUUUCUUUGCAGAAAGAGCUUGGGAGACUGGUAAGGGCUGGAUGCCUUCCUCUCACAUCAGCCAAAUAGGGAUAGAAAUCCUGGCUUGUGCUCCAUGUGCACCACAUCUGCAGCAUGCAUCCAAGCACAUACACAUAUCCAAGCACAUGGGCUGGCACUGCAUUGAAUGCCAGGAACUACAGCAGAGGCAAGCCUCAGGGUGAAAUCCUGCAGUGCUGUACCUUCCACAGACUCUGUGCCCAUCCAACCCACUCGCAUUUAUCAGAAAGGAGACCAAAUCUCUGCCAUUUCAAAUUCACUUUGGGCUCUGAACUUGUCAAUCCCACUGGGAAACAGUGCUGUGCUGUUAUGUGUUUCCACCUACCACAAUGCUGAUUCUGUUCCACUGCUGAUUUGUAGUAUUAUACUUUUAUUGUAAAAAGAAAAUAAAGAAAUUAUUUGCUUUUUACUCUGUGAGAGCUCCUGUGCUAUUGCUUGCUUUUGCAUUUUCACUGUUGUACUGUUACUCCUUUCUGCAAAAUGGUGCUAAUUGCUGGCUGAGCUCCUGACUGCUUUGCACACCAACCACCUGCUUCUUCAUUUGCAGCGCAGCCAGUGCCAAAACCUGGCACCCAUGCAUUCCAAGAAUUCUUGCCUCUUGGAGGCAGAUAGGAAGUGUCUAAUUAAUAUUUUGUGGCCUGGGUUUGGUUGCAUAUCACAAAUUGUCUCUUGUAAACAUGUUAAGCAUACCUCCUUGUGGUGCUUUUUCAUUGUUGAUAUUCUGAUGAAAGUCUCACACACACACACACUCACACACACACACACACACAUUAAUGUACCGCCAAUUGAUUGUGAUGUGCUUGUGAUCUUUGCUUGCUCAAAGGGUUCUUUUUCCAAUGAUAAAUAAAUGCUGAAGACAAAUACCA